GUCGGUUGCUGAGAGGGUGGAUGGUUCCACUUCAGCAAGUUGUUGGCUUCAUUUCUAUUUGCAAACACAAGCUUCACUCAAGUGGCACUAAAAAGAAAAGAAAAGGCGGUUGGGGAACAAGCCGUAUAAAGAGGAGAGUCAUUUUACCAUCAGGGUAAAACAGAGAUUUGUUUCUGGAGGAUUCUAACAUUUCAGCUGAGCUGAUAGAAAGGAAUUAUUUUGAAAGGUUCCUAGAAAUUGACUUUUUUCAUUUUACUUAACAUCUUUAAAGACCUCGACAGAUCGUUCAUUUGUUGCUUUGUUUCAGCCCUGGAAUUUGGACAUGUUCUUUGGUUUUAAGCCGCAUUAAAUUUGUAGCAAGUGGGUCAGGCAUUUCAUACUUGGUUUCCAAAAGAAAAAAAAGACGAAGAAGAAAGAACUCCCCCACCAUUACAUAAAAAGGAUGUGGAAGCACAGGCACUGAAGAGCUCACCCUGGAAUUUCUUCUAAGUUCAGAGCUAUUGAUAAGGCUGCACCUCAGUUUUCAAAUGAGGCGGGAAUGAAUAAUCAAGCUGGAACAAGAUUUCUUUGGUUAUUACAGACAAGUGCGCCUUGAAGAAUUGUUACACCUGCUAUUUUUUUUGUGCCAGGGUAUGACAAAAGUUAAAAUAAGCUGUGUACUACUGCAGAGGUUUUUUUAAAGAAACUUUUAAAAAUGAUGUUUCUCUUUUCCACACUUUUGACUGUUGUUUUUAAAAUGAGUAUUAUCGAUCUGUCAAUUCAGGAGAUCAGAAUCUGCCCCAGAGGAUACCAAGUGGGGAAGGAAAAUUCCUCUUGCUUUGAUAUAGAUGAAUGUCUGGAAGGUAGGAUUCAGAUUUGUAGCCAAAAUUGCCUCAAUGUCCCUGGAUCCUUUAUCUGCUCCUGUAUGCCAGGCUAUUGUUUGGCAGAUGACAAGAGGUCUUGUUAUGCAAGCGAUCCUGUACCAUUCCUAGUUUUCAGCCAAGGAAAUGCGAUCUAUAGAAUAGAUGUAGAAGGAACCAAUCACCAAAGACUGGUAGCUGAUGUUGGCUUAUCAGCAUUAAUUGAUUACCAUUAUGAAGCAAAAUAUCUUUAUUGGGUGGACAAAGAAAAAUGUCUUCUCCAGCGCGUACAUUUGGAUGGUUCAGAUCAAGAGACCAUCUGCUCCAUAAAAAAGGAUGUCACUGGAUUUGCAAUAGAUUGGAUAAAUCGAGGCAUUUAUUUGGCUCACUUCCAAGGAGCUAUUGAAGUAAUCAGCUUGGAUGGAAACAAUUCUCGAAUACUUAUAAAGAACAAUCACAAUCCUACAAGUAUAGCAGUUGACCCAAGUCAAAGGUUUUUAUUUUGGUCUACUGAAGGCAGUUUUGAUAGCAUCUAUCGAGCAGAUCUGGUUGGAAAUAAAAUACGGAGAGUUCUAAGGAGCACAGAAAAAAUCAAAACCAUUUCCUUGGACUUUAUCAAUGUGAAGCUGUUCUGGAUACAGCAUGACACCAUUAAUGAAAUUUCAUAUUUUGGAACCUGUGACUACAAUGGGCAUUUUAUCAAGCUAUACAGACAAAUGGGACGAAGUAAAGCUUAUGACUUAUUUAUCUUUGGUGACCAUAUAUACUAUUCUGACACAAGGACCGGAACUAUUCGGAGAGCCAAUAAAUACACCGGAAAGGAUAUUGUUGUACUUAACUUGAAACAACCAUUUCCUCAACCUACUGAGAUAUUGGUGAUGCACCCAUUAAAACAGAUUGGCAAAAGGAUGGAUUCUAAAGGACUUGAUGUCAAUGAAUGUGCAUUAUGGAAUCAUGGCUGUACCUUGGGCUGCGUGAAUAUCCCUGGAUCCUAUUAUUGCACAUGUCCAAAAGGUUUUAUUCUCUUGUCUGAUAAGAAAACAUGCUAUGAACUGAUUUCCUGUUCAAGCAAUUAUAUCCACUGCAGUUAUGAUUGUGAACAGACACCCAAAGGGCCUAUUUGCUUUUGUCCUGAAGGAUCAGUUCUCCAAGCUGACGGAAAAACAUGUUCAGGUUGUACAUCGCCUGAUAAUGGUGGUUGUAGCCAAAUUUGUACAUCUUUGACUCCAACAACCUGGGAUUGUGGUUGCUUUCCUGGCUUUGAUCUCCAGGAGGACAAAAGACAUUGUGCUGCUUUAAGACCAAAGCCAUUUCUGUUGUUUGCGAACAGUCAAGAUAUCCGUAGCAUUGCUUUUGAUGGGACGGAAUACUCAAGAGUCCUUGGCUGGCAGAGGGGAAUAGUCUUAGGUCUGGACUGGGAUCCGAUGGAAAAUAAGAUUUAUUUUACCCAUACAGACCUGAACUGUAUAGAGAGAUCUGAUCUGGAUGGCACCAGUCGUGAAAAAGUUGUAUGUGACGCAAGUGAGAGAUUAGAAAGACUAGCCUUGGAUUGGAUUAAUCGCAAAUUGUACUGGACUGACCCCGGGAAAUGUAGCAUUGAAAGUAGUAAUCUAAAUGGAAUGCAGAGAAAAAUAAUCAUCCAGGAGAAGGUGUUCCAUCCUCAAGGAAUUGCUGUUCAUCCGUUUACCAGGGAAUUGUUUUGGACAAACUUCGGGAUCAAUCCACAUAUUGGAAAAUCUACUUUACAAGGCUCAGAGCGUGUCAUUAUAGCAAAUUCAGACUUACUUUGGCCCAGUGGAAUAACUAUUGACUACGCUGAGGACAAGCUGUACUGGUGUGAUGCCAAAAUGUCUGUUAUUGAAACUGCGAACUUGGAUGGUUCUAACCGCCAAAUACUUACACAGAAUGAUGUAGGCCAUCCCUAUGGCAUAACAGUUUUUGAGAAUCAUGUUUGGCUAUCUGACUGGACUAGGCCUUCCUUACUGAGAAUAGACAAGAAAAAUGGCCUCAUGAAGGUACGCCUUGGAGGAAACAUGCUGAGACCCUCUUCGCUGCUUGUACUUCACCCUUUAGCCAAACCAGGCCGUAUCUCUACAUACAAGGAAGAUGCAUUAGGAAAGAAAAUGUUUGCCGGAGAAAUAUCAUCCCAGCAUCUUCUGAUUAACAGCAAAUAUGGUGAUAGCCGUGGGGAUGACCGGGAGAAGCAACAGACACUGACUGCUGAAAUUGUGGUGUCUAAUCAGGACAACUGUACACUGUUGGGUUGUGACCUCAAUUCUCAAUGCAUUGCACAUCAAAAUGGUGCCAAGUGUGAGUGCCAGACAGGGUUCAUUAUGGAAGAUCAACUGUGCCAUGAUGUUGAUGAAUGCCUUCUUAACAAAGAACAGUGCAAUCAGAGCUGGUCCAGAUGUAUCAACACUGAAGGAAGCUACUUCUGUGAGUGCCUUUUGGGUUACGCUAAAGAUGGUCUUCAUUGUUCUGAAUCUGUCAUCGCUCCUUCUAUUGUAACCAGGGAUGACUCUGCACUAUCUGAAAAAGAAGGUCCUACGGACUGCUCACCAUCAUAUUGUUUCCAUGAGGGAGUUUGCAUUUAUUUUUCAGAUCUGCAGACUUUUGCAUGCAACUGUGCGAAAGGCUACCUGGGAGACCGCUGCCAGUUUAGUGACUUGGAGUGGUGGGAACAGCAACGUGAGAUGCAGAUUAAGAAGCAAAACAUCGCAACUGCUGCAGUCUUGGCUGCGCUGUUCUUGGUCCUGCUCCUUGGAGUGGCUGCCUUCUACUUCUAUAGAAGACAACGGAUAUUUUCCAAGAGAGAACCCUAUGCAGAAGACAGAAUAGCUGCUGACAUGAGCUGCACUCCUACUAGUCCUAAAAAUGAAGACAUAAAGCUGCCAACUAUUAAGCCCUCGGUAAUUCUAUAGUAACACAGAGUAAUGCAAAACAAAGGAGAGAUCAAAGGAUAUCGGGGAUCCACUUGAGAUUAUCCAUCAAAUACUUCAUUUAUUAAAUAUAUUAAAUAACCACUGGCAGGGCUAUCGUGUAUUUUUCUACGGACCCAAAUUUCUUCUUAGCUCAUUGUUAUGUGAUCCUUCAAAGUUCACAGCUGCCUGAAUGCAUUGCAAGCAAGUGACAGUGUUAUUGUUAGCUGUGCACAAACAGUUGGAGGGAUGUUCUAAAUUAAAGAAUGCCAACAUGAUGACAUGGCCGAUUCACAUUGCAGAGAUGAAAAUGAACUUUGUUUCUUAGAGACCAUUGCUGGCUGGAUCUUCUUUCCGUGUUGAGGGGCCUAGCAAUGCUUAAUCCCAUCUCCCACCAUUAUUACCAGCUGAACAGUUGGAAGGAAAGUGAAGAAUCCCAGUCCAAGAUUUUGCAAGAUACUUACGACAUUUGGCCUGGAGGGGAAAUGCUUUCGGAUGUAUUUGGGCAACUGAACAGUGAAAGAAAGAACGAGAAACUGGAUCUCAUGAUCUCAUUCAUUGUACUUCACACAGACAACCAUUUUAUUUCAUUGAAAAUAAUAAAUGGAACAAUACAGAAUUAAUCAGCUAACAGACUUGUGUUUCCUAUUUGCAUUUCCCCCCUGUUUACUACAAAUUUAAGUGAAAAAAACUAGCAUGUAAACUUCUAAACUAAAACAAGAAAGGUGCAUUAAAACCACAGCUAUCCUAUUUCAGACCGCUCUAAAUAAAGAUGUCCUUAGGAGCAGUUGUUGCUACAAUUAAUCCCAGCAUCUAAUGUCAUUUUCAUUGAGUUUUAAUGUUUAUUAGAUAAAUAAAUAUUGGAACUGAGUUGAUUAAAUCAAAUCUUAUUUAAUCUUCAGUAACAUACUUUUCAUUGUUUUUUUUCUCGUCUCGUGUAAGGAUCAGCUUUGUGAAGUUAUACGUAACAAUCAGUAGAAUCCAAAUUUAUUUAUUUGGUUUAUUUCUUGUCAUUCUGUUUUGCUGAAGUAGCUAACGAAAUGGAAGUAAAGUAAAUAUUAAAACUACAAUCAAAUAAAUGCAAAAUCAUCUUAAAAAUUAAAACCUGGUGAAAGAAAUACAUCUGUGGAGUUCUUGGGGGCUUUUUGAGUUUGGGUGUUUGCUUUAAGAUAUUUUAUUACCCAAGUUGGUAACAGCAUCACUGCAAAUGAGGAUGGGAUUUGCUACCUGUUUAUGUUUGCUAGUAGUAGUAGAGAUGUGGUUUCCUGCUUGAUGAUUCCUUGAUUAAAGUAUUGUUUUAUACAUAAUGGUUUGCCUGAUAUUGAUCCUUGCUUAUCUGAUUGUGCACUGCUGGAGGGUAUGUGUUCUUUUUGUUUCCUUCCUGGGUUCUUUUUGUGUCUCUUGCGUAUGAUGUAUAGAUGUGGUUUAUCUCUGUGUGCCUCUUGGUGCCUGAUUUGUCUGACUGCCAAACUUCCAAGAAUUCCUAGCAUUUUGGAUCUGCAUUCAUUCAUUCAUUUUAUCUGGCCAUCAACUCACAUGCCAACUGUAAGUCACAAUCAUUAAAAUGAAAAUAAAAAACUAGGUCAGAAAAAAGCAGCAAAAUACAUUGAACUCAAAAUACAGGUAAUCCUCAACUUACAACAGUUUAUUUAGUGAUGGUUCAAAGUUACAACGGUACUGAAAAAAAGUGACUUAUAACCAUUUCUCACACUUAUGACUGUUGCGGCAUCCCCAUGGUCACAUGAUCAAAAUUUGGCAACUGGCAUGUAUUUAUGACAGUUGCAGUGUGGUGGGAUCAUGUGAUCCCCUUUUGCAAUCUCCUGACUAGCAAAGUCAAUGGGGAAGCCAGAUUAAUUAAUAAUUGCGUUACUAACUUAACAACUGCAGUGAUUCACUUAACAACUAUAGCAAAAAAGGUCUUAAAAUGGAGUAAAACUCGCUUAAAAACUAUCUCGUUCAGCAAUGGUAACUUUGGGUUCAAUUGUGUU